AUGAUUAAAUUUGAUUCAAAUCUGUUCUUCAUUGUGUUAUUGUGUAUUUUUCAAAUUAUCUUUAAUUCGGCAAAUCGGCAUGAUAAUGUUAAUUUCUCAAAAACAAAUAACAACGAUUUACAAAAAUGUCUUUCAUUGUCAUUACCACUGUCAAUACGUACUAUUUAUCCAUGUAACACUUUAACAAAUCAAAAUAGUUCUCGAUAUAAAUGUGAUCACUUCAAUGUUAGCAGUCUGUCGAGUAUUCGUGGAGGUCGAAUUUCUCAUUCACCUGCUGUUAUUGUUUAUGCAACAGAUAAUAGCGAUGUACAAAAUGUGGUGAAAUGUGCAUCAAAAUUAAAUUAUAUUGUGAAUGCAUUAAGUGGAGGUCAUAGUUAUGAAGGCUAUGGUUUAGGUUCAAUUUACAACAAUAUUAUUAUUAACAUGGAAGCAAUUAAUUACAUUAAUAUUAAUCAACGUGAUAGAACUGGUACAUUUGGAGCUGGUGCAAGACUCGGUCCAAUCUAUUACAAAACAUAUCAAUAUGAUAAAUACACAAUUAACGCUGGAACUUGUCCAUGGAUAGGACUUGCUGGUCAUGCACUUGGUGGUGGUUUUGGUAUACUCGCUCGAUUAUAUGGCUUACUAGCCGACAACAUUUUGGAAAUGACAGCCGUUAAUGCUCAGGGUAAAUUAUUGACAAUAAAUAAAACUCAUGAACCCGAAUUAUAUUGGGCAUUACGUGGAGCUGGUGGAGGUUUAUUUGUUAUUGUAACAGAAUUUAAAUUUCGAUUAGUUAAAUCUCCGUCACUCGUCACAACUUUUUCAUCUAUCUGGUAUCCGAAUGCAACAAAAUUAGUAAUAAAACGAUAUCAAUCAUUAUUAUUUAAUGAUAAAACAUUGAAUUUAAGUAAUAAUAUAUUUUUAUCAAUGAGUAAUGUAGUAUCAUUAAUGUUAACAACAUUACCAACUCCAAAUAAAACAAAUAUACAUAAACAAGAUUGGUUGAGUUCAGUUUAUGGAGAAUUAAGUACUGGUAAGAACGAUAGCGAUUAUCGACAAUUAUUACUUAAUAAUUUAACAUAUCCAACAUAUAAUUUUAAAGCCAAACAUUUAUUUUACGAACAACCGAUAAGUGAUCAUAGUCUUGAUCAAUUUAUUGAUGUAUUAGCCUUAGGUGAUGGUGAACUUUAUCUGUCAUUUAAUCCAUGGGGUGGAUAUAUAAGUACAAUUCCAGUUGAUAAGACAGCAUUUCCACAUAGAAGUUCAAAAGUUGGUAUUCAGUUUAGGAUUUAUUGGAAUGAUGGACAAGAUGAAAAACAACAAUUGAAUUGGUUAAAUCAAGUAUAUUUGUCUCUCUACAAUGAUUCAACAAAACAUUCAUAUAUUAAUUACAUUGACAGAGAUGUACAUAAUUGGAUGAAUUAUUAUUAUCACACGCAUCAAAAACGAUUAAUCAAUAUUAAACAUAUUUAUGAUAAAAAUAAUCGAUUUUCUUUUGAAAGAACAAUACAAUAG